AUGCCUGUUCAUCAUCUCAUGGUUGGUACCUGGACUCCUCCAGGUGCUAUCUUCACUUUUGCCUUUGACGAUGAAGCUCUUACACUUAAGCUUGUGAAGAGGACCGAGAUCCCCAAGGAUGAGCCAAUUUCAUGGAUGACAUUUAGUCAUGAUCGCAAAGCUAUUUACGGUGCUGCUAUGAAGAAGUGGUCCAGCUUCGCCGUCGAAUCGCCAACUUCGAUAACUCACCAAGUCUCUCACCCAAUGGAGCACGAUCCCAAUGCUUCUCUUGCCACCACAAACACCCGUGCCAUCUUCCUUCUCGCAGCGAACAAGCCUCCUUAUGCCGUCUACUGCAAUCCUUUCUACGAUCACGCUGGCCACGGCGCUGUCUUCACCACCGAUUCCACCACAAAGGCACUCAAGGAAAAUGUUCAAAACUACCCUUACCAGCCUAACACGGGUAUUCACGGAAUGGUCUUUGAUCCUGAGGAGGAGUACCUUUAUUCUGCCGACCUCCGUGCUAACAAGAUCUGGACCCAUCGCCGUGUCAACAAAGACGAUCCUUCUCUUGAGCUGGUCGGUUCUGUCGAUUGUCCUGAUGCUCGAGACCACCCCCGCUGGGUUGCCAUACAUCCUACUGGAAACUACCUCUACGCUCUUAUGGAGAAGGGCAACCGGAUUUGCGAGUACCUGAUCGACCCCGCAACUCGUCUGCCCGUUUACACUCAUAAGCACUACCCUCUGAUCCCUCCAGGUAUCCCCGAUAGGUGGACACAGUACCGUGCUGAUGUCUGCGUGCUUUCGUCGUCGGGCAAGUAUCUCUUUGCCUCGUCCCGUGCCAACUCCUUCGACCUGACAGGGUAUGUGGCCGCCUUCAAGCUCUCGGAUACCGGCGCCAUUGAGCGCCAGAUCUGCCUCAAUCCUACACCUACGAGUGGUGGACAUAGUAAUGCGGUUGCACCUUGCCCUUGGACAGAUGAGUGGGUAGCAAUCACGGAUGAUCAAGAAGGUUGGCUGGAGAUCUACCGCUGGCAAGAUGAGUACCUCGCCCGUGUUGCAAGGGUUAGAACACCAGAGCCUGGCUUCGGCAUGAACGCCAUCUGGUAUGAUUGA